AUGUAAAACUUUUAAAUAUUGAAACACACUAACUUAAACAUUAACAAAGAUGAAAAUCAUUUUCAAUAAGAUGAAUAUGAUAUAAUUGACAUCGUUAAAUUAUCUGAAAAUAAAUUUUUGUUCUAUAACAAAAGGGACAUCUGUAUCUUAAAUAAAAUGCAUCUAAGUAGAGUAUUUAAAAAUGUUUUACCACUAGGUGAAAAUAUCCUGUAAGUAGAGCAUCUUUACAAGGAUUUAAUAGUUAUAUGCUCAAAACAUACUUUAAUAGUCUUUUCAACAUUGUCUGGGAAAAGAAUAAAAAAGCUAAGUUUAAAAGAACUUGAAAUAACUAGCUUUCUUGUGUUAGACAAAGAUACCGUUCUCUUAUCUCAUAAGCAGUACAUUUUAAAGAUAAACUUAUUUAGUGGAUAUGAUUGCAAGAACAAUCAUAUAAUCCACAGGACGAAAUUAGAUUAACCAAUCUGUAAAAUCUAUAAAAAGAGUAAAUAAGAAAUAUUAAUCCAAACAUACUAUGAGAAUUUACAUGUUUUGAACUUGGAAACAAGAUAGAUUACCAAAUACUAUUACUAUGAUCUUCCUAGCAGACUAUUUACAGAUGCAGUUCUAUUUAAGAAUGAUGUACUAGUUUCAUAUAGCCGCGGACAUGAGUAAGUAAAUAGAAUGAACAUAAGAAAUGGCUCAAACUAGUAUAUUGAUAAUAACCAGCUAAUUUAUCAAAUGAAAUCCCUUGAUGAUACUGAACAAAAAUACUUGAUUGUAUCUUUUAAUAAUGGAAAAGUAGUAAUUUAUGAAAGAAAAAACCAAAGGGAAGUAGCAAUAUAUUAGGAAGAGGGAGCUUAGCACAUAAAAAACUCAAUUUACCCUCUCAAAGAUAACCAAAUUCUCAUAAUAAAUUAAAUGUUUGCUAGAAUUGUGGAGUUAGAAAUAGCAGAAAGGAACUAUUGUACUUUUUUUUGA